AUGGCUACCCCUAGUGUCCUCACGUUUGACGCUGAGGGACGAGCCGUAGACUUUGAGGUCUGGGUCGACGACAUGCAGCUGUUCCUACAGUGCGAUAGGGCAGACGGCCUCUCUCUCUUUGACCUUACCUUUGGCGCUUCCCCUGCCCCUGCUGCUAAUGCUGACGCCACUGUUCGCUCCCAGUGGGCCACGCGCGACGCUGCUGCACGUCUUGCUGUGCGUCGCCACCUCCCUACCUCCAAGCGUGCGCACUUUAGCCAGUACAAGAGUGCUCAGACCUUGUACGACGCUGUAGUCGCGCGCUACUCCUCCCCUGCCACUGCUGCACUGAGCCGUCUCAUGCUGCCGUACCUCUUCCCUGACCUUGCUGCUUUUCCUACCGUAGCUGACCUCAUCACGCACCUCCGCACUAGUGACACUCGCUACCGCGCUGCACUCCCUGCUGACUUCUACGCCGCGAACCCCCCCCCCCCAUCGGGAGACGCCGCCCUGGCAAGGGCAAGGGGGGCAAGGGAGCUGGAGGAGCGGGCGGUGGAGGUGGAGGAGGAGGCGGUGGGGGGAGUGGGGGUGGCGGUGGGAGUGGAGGUGGGGGUGGAGGGGUCGGUGGCGGUAGUGGAGGCGGAGGCGGCGGCGGCGGUGGCGGUGGGAGCGGAGGUCGCGGAGGAGGCGGCGGUGGAGGCGGCGGCGGCGGCGGAGGCGGCGGCAGUGGUGGAGGCAGCGGAAGAGGCGGAGGCGGUGGGGGUGGCGGUGGAGCUGGUCGCAGGUCGUCGCAGAGGAGUGGCUCUGCGGGGUGGGGGUUUUGGUCCGUGCACCUACGUCCUGCGCACCAGCGACCGUGCGGGUGAGCAGUGUGGGGGUGCGCACCCCACCCAGCGCUGCUUUGGCCGCCUGACGGACGCGUGGCGUCACCAGUUCCCGGAGGCCUCAGAGAUCCCUCGCUGGGGCGAGCUGUCUAGGGCGGGUGUGGCCAUCUUUGAUCUUGACUCUGAUGCUAUUCUUGCUGCCAUGCAUGCUGUGUCUAUUAGUGAUGAGGGUGACUGUUACCGGUGUUUCCCGCCCGAUCCGGGCAUUGAGACUGCUACUUUAGGUACUGGUACGGCUGCUGCCCUAGGUGCGUGCGACGCUACUGCUCUAGGUGCUGGUGUGUCUGCGUCCUCAGGUACUGGUGAGUCUGCGCUCUCAGGUACUACGUCGGCUUCGGCCUCCCUCACCUUCACCCUUGACUCUGGGGCGUCUCGCUCCUUCUUUCGAGACUGCACCACACUCACGCCGCUUAGUCGGCCGGUUGCGGUGUCUCUGGCUGACCCCUCUGGGGGUCCUUUCCUGUCUCGCUUCUCCACAGUCCUCCCUUGUCCGGCGGCUCCCUCUUGCACCCUGUCUGGUCUCUACCUCCCCUCGUUCUCGACGAACCUGGUGAGUGGUGCUGACCUACAGGAUGGGGGAGUACACCAGUUCACUCCUGCGCGUCAGCGGGUGACGCACUGUACUGAGGCUAGCACACGCCGGCACCUAGCUACGUUUACCCGUCAGCCGGGGUCGAGCCUGUACACACUGACCACUGCGUCCUCUCCAGUUGUUGAGUCUGGUAGGGUAGCUGCGUCGGGUCAGGUGUUUGCUGCGGCGUCCAGGUCUGGUCCUGAGUCUGCCCCCUGUUCGAGUCGUCUCCUGUCUCACGAGACUCUCCUCUGGCACCACCGCCUUGGCCACCCCUCUCUGCUUCGGCUCAGAGGCAUGGCCUUCCGUCUUCUUGUGUCAAGUCCCCCCCGGUCCCUCCCUCCCCUUCCUCAGGGCCCUGGCCCUGCCUGUGUCCCCUGUGUCGAGGGGCGCCAGCGGGCUGCCCCCCACUCCUCCCAGUUUCAUCCGACAGAGGCCCCGUUGCAGACGCUUCACAUGGACGUGUGGGGCCCAGCCCGCGUCCGUGGACAGGGUAACGAGCGCUACUUUCUGCUCGUUGUUGACGACUACUCGCGUUACACCACAGUCUUCCCCUUGCGCAGCAAGGGUGAUGUCACUGAGGUGUUGAUCGACUGGAUCCGCGCAGCUCGUCUUCAGCUUAGGCAGCGCUUUGGCUCGGACUUUCCUGUUUUGCGUCUGCACUCGGACAGAGGCAGAGAGUUUUCCUCUGGCCUUCUGCGAGCCUUCUGUCGUGCAAGAGGCAUCCGUCAGACCUUCACGCUUCCGGACUCACCGCAGCAAAAUGGGAUUGAUGAGCGCCGCAUUGGCAUGGUCAUGGACGUCGCUCGUAAGUCCAUGAUGCAUGCGGCUGCCCCCCAUUUUCUGUGGCCGUUUGCGGUGAGGUACGCGGCGCAUCAGAUCAACCUUCACCCCAGGGUCUCCAGGCCGGAGACCUCCCCAGCCUUGCUGUGGACGGGGAAGGUUGGCGAUGCGUCGGCGUUCCGGGUCUGGGGAUCUCGGGCGUUUGUCCGCGACUUGUCUGCGGACAAGCUGUCCCCUCGUGCUGCUCCUUGCGUCUUCCUGGGGUUCCCCCCUGACGCGCUUGGGUGGCAAUUCUACCACCCCACCUCUCGCCGUGUUCUGUCCUCCCAGGACGUCACGUUUGACGAGUCGGUCCCCUACUACCGCCUCUUCCCCUUCCGCACUCCGUCCCUCCCCCCACCCCCACUCUUCCUGGUACCAGGUCCCCCUCAGGUAGACCCCCUGCCCCCUCAGGGUCCUGCCCCUUCAGGUGUGUCCCAGGCAGACGCAGUCGAGCCUGUCGAGGUCACUGGUGACUCUGGUGCUGCUGAGGGUGCUGCCGCUGGGGGUGUUGAGCCUGGGGCUGCUGGACGUGGGGGUGCGGGGCCUGGGGGUGGUGCGUCUGGGGGUGUUGAGCCUGGGGGUGCUGAGCCUGGGGGUACUACGUCUGGGGAUGCUGAGCCUGGGGGUGCUGAGCCAGGGCUUACUGAGCCGGGGGGUGCUGAGCCUGGGGGUGCUACGCUUGGGGGUACUGCGUGUCGAGGUGCUCCACCUGGAGGUUCUCCGGGUGCUUCGUCUCGCCGGGAGCCACUCUCUCCAGAGGAGGUGCGCGAGUGGUUUGCCCGGCGCUGGCUUCGUGCUGCUGGUGCUGGAGGUUCUUCGCCUGCUGAGGGUGCUGCGGUCGCGGGUCCCGGAGGUGCUCGUACUGGUAGUACUGGAGCUGCUGGGCCUGCGGGUUCGACUAGAGCUGGUGCUGCUGCGGGUGUUGGCGCUGAGACUGCCGCUGGCGGUCCUGCUGGAGGUGCUCCUGGUGCUGCUGGAGGUUCUGGAGCUGCUGGAGGUGCUGCUGGAGCGGAGUGUCCGCAGCCUGUCCAGCCACAGUUUCAGCUGCAGCCUACCUCCCCUUUGCCUGCUCCUUCUCCCUACACUGGUCCUACUGGAGGUCUUGCUGAGCGUCGUGAGCCUGCGUCUCGCCCUACGUCGCCUAUCCGUCCUGCUCGCGCUAGUGGUCGUAGUUCGCGUGAGCGUCCUCCUCCUGUCCCUGGUACGCAACGGAUGUCUCUGCGUCCGUCCACUUCUCCUCUGCGUGCCCCUUUGCCUUCUCCUCCUGAGUCCUCUCUUCCUGCUCUUCCCGACCCAGAGUCGGACUCUCUUCGUGCUGCCAGUCCUACUAUCACGCGUCUCCUUGCUACUGUUGUCACAGACCCUUCCUUUGAGUCUACUGCUGCGUCUACUCUAGUUGCUGAGCUCGUCGACUUUCCUGCUCGCUGUCGCUUAGACUACGCUGCGAGUCUUGUCGCUGAGUCUGAGUCUUUCUGUCCUCCGUCCGUCGGGGGUGAGUGUGCCCUUGGCACGGACGUCCUUGAGGACAGGCAGGAGGAGUUCCAGUGUCUGGCAGCUGCUUCACCUCAUCUCGUGUCCGUACUGCUUACCCCUGAGGGAGACCCGGAUGCACUUGACAUCCCGACUCCGCGCUCUUACGCGGAGGCGAUAGAGGGUCCCUAUUCCUCUCAGUGGCAGGCAGCUAUGGAUGCAGAGAUGGCUUCCUGGAAGUCCACAAGCACCUACGUUGACGCUGUCCCCCCUCCUGGGGCGAACAUCGUCAAUGGCAUGUGGAUCUUCAGGGUGAAGCGGCCGCCGGGUUCUCCUCCUGUCUUCAAGGCGCGUUACGUGGCUCGUGGCUUUAGUCAGCGGCAGGGAGUUGACUACUUUCAGACCUUCUCCCCCACCCCGAAGAUGACCACUCUUUGGGUACUGCUGCACGUUGCUGCUCACCGUGACUACGAGCUGCACUCUCUCGACUUCAGCACAGCUUUCUUGCAGGGCAGCCUGCACGAGGAGAUCUGGCUGCGUCGCCCACCUGGCUUCACUAGGUCUUUCCCUCCUGGUACCCAGAGGAGUCUCCGGCGUCCAGUCUACGGUCUCCGCCAGGCGCCACGUGAGUGGCACAACACACUGAGGACUACGCUUGCGGCUCUUGGUUUUGCUCCUUCUAUUGCUGACCCGUCGCUGUUUCUGCGCACCGACACCUCUUUGCCGCCGUUCUACAUCCUCGUGUACGUCGACGACUUGGUCUUCGCCACAGCUGACACUCCUGGAUUCGCCUACGUGAAGUCCAAGCUGCAGAAGAGACACACGUGCACAGACCUGGGUGAACUGCGCAGCUACCUUGGCUUGCAGAUCACCCGGGACAGAGCACGCCGCACCAUUACCCUAACUCAGUCACACAUGGUGCAGCAGGUCCUUCAGCGCUUCGGCUUCACGUACUCCUUGCCUCAAGCCACUCCUCUGCCUACUCGCCACUUGCUCUCAGCUCUGCCUUCGGAUGAGUCCGUAGAGUCGAGUGGCCCGUACCCAGAGCUAGUUGGCUGCCUCAUGUACCUGAUGACCUGCACACGUCCUCACCUUGCAUACCCUCUUAGCAUUCUCGCACGCUAUGUUGCUCCUGGGAGACACCGACCAGAGCACAUGGCUGCAGCGAAGAGGGUGUUGCGCUACUUGUGCAGUACGUCGGGCAUGGGGCUAGUGCUUGGAGGGCGCAGUCCAGUGGUCCUUACUAGGCACGUGGACGCUUCUUGGGCUGACGACCAGGCUACGCAGCGGUCGUCACAGGGUUACACCUUCAGCCUUGGUUCCGGCUCUGUUCCGUGGCGGGCUACUUGCUCGUCUUCUGUUCUCGGCUCCAGUUGUGAGGCUGAGAUCUACGCCGGGGCCAUGGUUGCACAGGAGCUUCGCUGGCUCACCUACCUGCUGACCGACCUUGGAGGGCCGCCUCGUUCUCCUCCAGUCAUGUACGUAGACAACAAGGCCAUGCUGGCCUUGUGUCGAGAGCAGCGACUGGAGCACAGAACGAAGCACAUUGCUCUCCGCUACUACCUUGCUCGUGAGCUACAGCAGCGUGGACAGUUGCGGCUUGCGUACGUGGCCUCUGAGGCCAACACUGCUGAUGUCUUCACCAAGGCACUUGCGCCUUGUGAUCAUCUCCGCUUCUGCACUUAG